GUGGCACUCGGUGACACGGCGGGGACCGAGCCCAGCGGCGCUCCCCGCCCUGACCGGGGCUCGGGGGCUCCCCCAGCCGGUUUCCAGCAGGUGUACCUGGAGCCGCUGCUCAAGUUCCACGAGAGCCUGCGGCGGCUGCGGCUGCACGAGGCCGAGUACGCCCUGCUGCAGGCCAUGCUGCUCUUCUCGCCAGACCACGCCGGCAUCGCCCAGCGCGAUGUCAUCGACCAGUUCCAGGAGAAGGUGGCGCUGACCCUGCAGAGCUACAUCGAGCACCGGCAUCCCCCCCCCGAGGGCAGGUUCCUGUACGCCAAGCUGCUGCUGCUGCUGACGGAGCUGCAGACGCUGAAGGUGGAGAACACGCGGCAGAUCCUGCACAUCCAGGACCUGUCGGCCAUGACGCCGCUGCUCUCCGAGAUCAUCAGCUGAGCGCGGCCCCCCCCGUGUCACCCCCCCGGUCCCCAAGUGUCACCCCCGGCCGCCACCGGGCACAGAGUAAAGCUCCUUUAUUUAUCCGGGCUCCCGGGUGUGUCACCGCAGGGAAACUGAGGCACGGCCGUCGUGGCGCUGGGGACAACGGGGACCCCCAGUGGCAGCGGCCACCCCCAGGA